AGUGCGAGUCUUGGAGCGCUCUUGUCAGUCACGGGUUUCCCCGCGAAGGAGCAGACGAAAAACGUCGUUAUUUCAUCCUUUUUUUUUCUUUGGCUUUGGCAGUUAAGGGCGCGCACGGACGUGAACAUGUCGACAUGGACUUUGUGAGGCUGUUUGGCGCCUUGGUCGCCGUCCUCUUCCACCACGCGUCCGCCGCUAAGAUCAAUGGCCAACGGAUCUGCCGGCGAGGUACCGAGCGCCCGUGCUACAAGGUGUCCUACAUCCCGGACCGCCGGCGUAGGCUGACCUUUCAAGAGGCAAGGCAGGCGUGCAGGGCGGACGGCGGCGAGCUGCUCAGCAUCGAAACAGAGAGCGAGCAGCGGCUGAUCGAGAGGUUCAUACAGCAGCUGCACGCCGCAGAUGGAGACUUCUGGAUUGGCCUUCGUCGCAGCCCCCAGCGCUUGAGGGGUGGCGGUGGCAACCCGGGAUGCCCCUCCCAGUACUUCUGGCUAGACGGGAGCAAGGCCAAGUUCAGAAACUGGCACUGGGACGAGCCUUCCUGUGGCGGGGAAAUGUGCGUGGUGCUUUACUACCAGCCGUCUGCACCACCUGAUGAGGAAGGUCACUUCCUGUUCCAGUGGAAUGACGACAACUGCAACGCCAAGAACAACUAUGUCUGCAAGUAUUCUCGAGAAAAGGCACCAGUAUUCACCGAGCAAGGGAACAUAGCACGAGAAGUUCCAACUGUGAGGCCAAACAUAUUCUUCACAACGGCAGGUGAUGUGUCCAAUAAAGUAGGACUGCCCGAGUCAUCAGUGUCUUUCUCAACCAACACCGUGUACGUUCCCUACAUCCUGUAUGCAACCAUUCCUGCCUUGUUGCUGCUGUUGCUUGCAGUUGCUGGCUUCUUCUGCUACAGACAACAAGCUAAGCGCAGGAAGACGGAGACCAAAAGCCCCACCGGCCGAGGCAAACCGUGGACGCCCACGGAUACGCCGUCUUGCCCACUUCAAGGACCUUACGCCUUCAGCGACAUCACCCUGCUUUCUCACCUUUCUCCUGACAGCACUCUGCCGGCGGACUUCAUCACCAAGUACUGCACUCCCGCCAAGGACCCCCAGUGGAACGACUAUGAGAAUGUGUUGAUAGCAGACAGGGAGAGCGGCUUUGUGAACAACGACAUCUACGAGAGCAGCAGGGCUCAGGGUCGACGCUGCCGCGCUCAGGACGGUUGGGUCGAAAAUGAGAUCUAUGGGUAGGACUGGUCAGGUAUGUGGCCUGUUGUCAUGACAACAUGUGUGGGGCAGGAUUCCUACACGUGGUGGAUUUGGAUUUAUGGUCAACUUAGAGCGCACUCAUUUUAGGCCAUAUCUACCGUACUGGACUGUGUGGAUUAUUUCCAGUCUUAUUUCGAAUUAUUCUGAUUAUCUGAUUAUCAUGGCAGGUGGCAUUAAUUACUUGCAAAGAGGAGCGAUCACAAUAAUGAAAUGACGCACGCAAAUAGUCGCAGGUGAGCUAUUUUUCUUCUUUUAUGAAAUCUGUCAGUUAUCAUUAGGGAACCUUUUCAAAACAUGUCAAAGAAACUCUUGAAGGGGACCUACAAUGAUUUUAAUCUACAUUUCAGGGGUGUCCAGUCUUUUUCCAUAAAGGGCCACGUAACACCUUGUCAAAGUAUGCAGGGGCCAUUUUGAUCAUUUUUUAUUUUGUAAAAAAAAAAUGAUGAAAACAUAUUUAAAGACAAAACUCAAUGUCAGCUUUGAGUUAUAGGUGACGAUACUAUUACUAGUACUAGUUAUUUUAGGGUGUUAAUAGUGGGGCCAGGGGGCCAUUUGCAGACAGCAGGUCAGGGUUUUGUUGCCCCACGACAUAUUGUUGGGAAAAAAACAACAGUAAAAAUGUAAGAAAAAAGAGCAAAAAGACAUACUAUGCUGAAAUUUUGAUUGUAAUGAGAAUCAACUUUAUUAGCCAGGUAUGUUUAACACUCUAGGACAUUUGACUUGGUUGUGAUCUCUUUGUUCAAUGUCAACAAUAAAUAUUAACAAUUAACUAAAAAUAUGAACAAAUAAAUAACUAAUAUGUGCAGAGCUCAUAAAAAAUGUUUAAAGGUGAAUGAAGCAAAAAAACUUAAAUAUAUAUGUUCACAGUGACAGAUAUAUAAUACUGUAAAUUGCGGACUAAAAGACACUACUUUUUUCCUACACUUUGUCCCCUGCGGCUUAUAAAACGUUGCGGCUAAUUUGAGAUUUUUUCUUCGCUAAAGGCUAUAAUGUUUUGAAUUCAACAAAUAGUUUUCAACAGACACUGAAAAUUGUUAUUGUUUGUGCCAUGGCGCCCUCUUUUGUUACCAAUGAUUGUCACACACACACACUAGGUGUGGUGAAAUUUG